AUGUGCGAUAGAGUUGAUAGGCAUGUAUUGAGGAAAUAUGAAUUGGUCAAAAAAUUGGGAAAAGGCGCAUAUGGUAUAGUUUGGAAAUCUAUUGAUCGUAGGACUGGAGAAGUUGUCGCUGUUAAAAAAAUUUUUGAUGCAUUUCAGAAUUCUACAGAUGCUCAAAGAACGUUUAGAGAGAUUAUGAUAUUAACAGAACUAUCUGGCCAUGAAAAUAUUGUAAACCUAUUAAACGUCAUGAGAGCAGACAAUGACAGAGAUGUAUAUCUGGUCUUUGACUAUAUGGAAACAGAUUUACAUGCAGUAAUUAGAGCAAAUAUUUUGGAGCCAGUUCAUAAACAAUAUGUAGUUUAUCAACUUAUUAAGGUAAUUAAGUACUUACAUAGCGGUGGGCUAUUGCACCGUGAUAUGAAACCAUCAAACAUUCUCCUUAAUGCUGAAUGCCAUGUAAAGGUAGCAGACUUUGGAUUAUCUAGGAGCUUUAUUAAUACAAGACGUAUUACAAAUAAUAUACCAUCUAGUAACAAUGAUAAAAUGGAGAAUUCUGAUGAUGGCCAACCUAUUCUUACGGAUUAUGUUGCUACUAGAUGGUAUAGAGCUCCAGAAAUACUUUUAGGAUCAACAAAAUAUACAAAAGGGAUUGAUAUGUGGUCCUUAGGUUGUAUUUUGGGAGAGAUACUCUGUGGGAAGCCAAUUUUCCCAGGUUCAUCAACAAUGAAUCAACUAGAAAGAAUCAUAAGCGUCAUAGAUUUUCCUUCCAGUGAAGAUGUCGAAUCAAUCCAAUCACCUUUUGCUCUUACAAUGAUCGAGUCAUUAAAAGAAAAGGUUGAGAUAAACCAGCCAAAUAAAAAGGAUAUAUUUUUUAAGUGGAAAAACUUACUAUUAAAAAUAAACCCAAAAGCCGAUUGCAACGAACAAGCAUUAGAUUUAUUAGAUAAAUUACUACAAUUUAAUCCAAAUAAGAGAAUUUCUGCAAUUGAUGCAUUAAAACACCCGUUUGUUUCUAUAUUUCACAAUCCAAAUGAAGAACCAAACUGUGAUCAUAUAAUUACUAUACCAAUCAAUGACAACGUUAAACAAUCAAUUGACGACUACAGGAAUUUAGUGUAUUCAGAAAUAUCAAGGCGUAAACGAGGGUUAAUUAGUAACAAAUUCCAGCAUGCUCAAAAUCCAGACAAUACUAAAAUGAAUAGUUUUAAAGAUAAUAAAAGCUCUGGAAUUGCUGAAUUCACUUCGCCGGAGGCUAAUUCCAACAAUAUUAAAAGUAAAUCCAAUGAAACAAUCUAUAGCAGGUUCCAAAGUGAGCUACAAUUCAACAAAAGUUCUAUUAAUAAAUACCCAACAGUGGAUAAUACGAAGAAAGGAGGGCUACUAGGAAACUUUUUUUCACAAGUAUAUAAUACUCUUGUUUCAGGCUCAAACAAUAAUAAGACAAUUGCCUUCGGCAACAAUCCAACCAUUUCUAAUUAUUCCAAUGGGAAGGUUGAUGAAAAGCACAUAAGACAAAUGAGGUCCGCAACUUCUUAUUACUCUAGUUCGAUAAACAACUCAUUAAAGAAAGCGGGCCAUAUAGGAAAUCAUACGAACUCUGCAAAUGAUAAUGCAGCAAAAUUAACGGAUAGUGGUAUUAAAAACUCAAAGUAUAUACCAACAGGUGCAGUAAUAAAGAAUAGUGUUAACUCCGCAUUUUCGGUAAGUACAAAUUGCGGUGGAAACUCUCAUGUUUAUUAUCCAAGAGCAUAUAUGUACAACAAUAUAAAACAAAAUUUACAAGAUUACUCUUUGAUCAAGAACCCAGAAUCAAGUAAUACGGUAUCAGGAAAAAACACUUCCAGUCCAAAUGACAUGAAUAAUCUUCCGGAAUCUUUAAACAAAUUUAAAAUGAAUUGCCAUGGCUCCAAUCAGUUAAACAUGAUUAAUCUACAGAUGCAACCAAAUCGGAGCAAUACAAGCAAAAUAACAUAUUAUAAUGAACCCUUAAUUGAACCAAAUUCAAAAUCAAACAAUAUAGCCGCUAGAAAAAGUAAUUCACUGUCUGGGACUGGAGUGAACACAUAUCAUCAUCUUCCAUUUCAUACAUCACAGUCUAACAAAAGUACAAACAAGAAUUAUUUAUAUAAAUAUUAG